UGAAAGAAGAAUCAAUGGAGGUCAUUCAUUGCAUUUUUGUGCAUUUCAUACGACCGAUAACAAAUUGUUGAAUCGAAAAGUUACAGUUGUGAGUGAAAGUUUAAUUACGAUUGGUGUAAUGUGUGUUUCUGAUAAAACAAAAUGUAGUAAAUUGUCCUUUCUAAAAAAACAAACGUAUUGCCGUGUGUCAAAAUAAAGGUGGUCAGAAGCGAGGAGUAUUUUCUAAAACGUAACCAUGGCAGAUCAGUUUUGUUUACGUUGGAACAAUUUCCAGACCAAUAUAGUGAGUGCGUUGGACUCAUUGAAGUGCUCUGAGGAUUUAGUUGACGUGACGCUUACCUGCGAAGGAAGAAAUAUCAAGGCUCAUAAAGUUAUACUGUCAGCCUGCAGUCCGUACUUCAGGAAUGUAUUCAAGGAAAAUCCAUGUCAGCAUCCAGUUAUAAUUCUGAAAGAUGUAUCUGCCGAUGACAUUGUCAGCUUGCUAUCAUACAUGUACCAGGGAGAAGUAUUCAUUGAAGAGAGCAAGCUGUCUUCGUUCCUCCAUACGGCAGCCCUGCUGCAGGUUAAAGGAUUGACUGGAGUAACACAGCAGAAAGAAAAUGUAAUUUCCCCAAAUACAUCUAACAAACUUUAUACACAGUUGACAAUAUCUUCAAAAACACACUUUGGUGCUACCAGCAAAGAUGUAAAAGUCCCCGCUUUAAAGAAAAGAAGGAGCAGUACCUCUGACAAACCUAAUGACAUUGGUGACAGUCACAAAAAGAGUAAAUUAUUAGAAACUUGUGAUAUUUACAAUAGGAGUAAUUUAUCACAUUUAAUGGUAGAAAAUCCUGUUUUUGUAGCUGAGAAAAAAGUUGAGAAGAAAUCAGAAAACUGCCCAGAACCCAUCAUAGCUAAUGGGAAAACCUCUAAACUGAAUCAGGCUCAAAGUGACAACAUUCCUUUAUCAAUUAAAACAGAACGGAUUGAUGACAACAAAUCCCCUAUCUCAGUACCCAUAAAUAACUCCGAGAAUGAUGACAGUCUUCCAGAUUAUGAAAACAGUAUGCUUGCCAGGUCCUUGCUACAAGGAAUUAAUCCAUCUAAAAGUGAUAUCAGUGCCAAUAACAAUACAACAACCAAGAAACUGUCAAACAUAGCAGAUAUGUGUACAUCGCGAAGUAAGGACGUAAAUAUCGAAUCUCCACCAACCAACUCUGCAGCAAAGAGCCCUAUAAAAGUAGCCGGAGAGGACAUUUUAGUGAAACCAGAAAAACAGUCACCGAAGUCAGAGAUUGAAUAUGAACCGGAAAUAUUGCUGUCAGAGCAGCAAGACAGUACAGAUGCCGAAAAUACAUUCUCACAGGAACAGUCUCAAGCGUUACUAUUACUGGCAGGCAUGUCAAGUGUUACUGGAUUAUCAGUAGGUGCUUCUACUUCUCAGGGUGUCUCCCACCAGUCAAACCAUGCCGCUAUCUGUGGUGACUGUCCACAUUGCGGUAUGAAGUAUUCCAACCAAUCAGCACUUAAAUACCAUGUCAGACUUAUGCACUCUGACUUAACCAAUCGUCUAUGCUGCUAUCUUUGUCCUAGGUCAUUUACGAUGCGAGAGACAUUCAAAGAGCAUAUGUGGUCUAGCCAUGGGCAAAGAAACUAAAUGUUACUUGCAAGUACACAAUUAAGUACACUACAAAAUGUUGUUGCUAAAUAGUUAUCUACCCUAUGUAGAGAAUAUUAUAUUAUUUAAGAUUUUGGAUUUAUUCCAAAUGUUAUUUAAAUAAGUAAUGUUAGAUAUUUAUGGUGGUUACUAAUUAUUCAAAUGUGCCUUAAACUUGUGUUAUUGUAUUCACAUAGUAUCAGAAUGUGCCUUUUUGAAAAUAAAUUUGCCGUCCUACAUUUAUCGCAAGACGAUCUACGUCAGCGUAAGCGAUUCUACGUAACAAUUGGAGAAAAUUGAGGAUAACCUAAAUUUAUCGUUUAUUAGCGUUUUAUACAUUUAGACUAAGACAGAUUCAUUGUUAUAUUGUUGAUAAUUUAUGGAACAGUCACUUUAUUUGAUUAUCUCUAACAAGUUACUUUUUUUACGAUAUAAAUGUUGGGUGUAAUUGUAGGAUCAAAAUGGUGUGCUGUGAAUCAAGGGUUCGAAACCAAUAUUAAAAAAAAUCAAGUUGAGUACCUCCUCCUUUUUUUGAAGCCGGUUAAGAACCAGCUAAUAUUGGACCUUAAAACGUUAUAUUAUUUCGUUUAUUAAAAACCGGUUCAUGGAUUCCUAACAAAAAACAAUUUUUUGUUUGGUUUCUUCAGAAGACGGAACGACAUUUUUAUGGUUCGUGAAGAGCAAGAACUCGGGGUUAAACUCAUUGUCAUACCUGCGUGGAAGGAAUAGCCUUCGUUUUUUAUAAUACAUAAACGAAACCGGUAUCAAAAAUAUAACGGUUUUCGAGCCCUGGAGGUAAUAACUAAUUAACUACAAAAUGAAAAAAUUAAGUGUUCUGGUUUGUAAUUGGUGCUAAUAAUAAUCUCCAGACAAAGUACAUUUGCAAAAAGUGUUGGUCCAAAAUAUCGGGGCAAUUUUUAAAGAUAGGUGUUUAUUGUAUGGUUUCUGGAGUGGCUGUAUUAAAUGUAGAUUUUGAACAGCUGACUGAGGGCCGUCAUCUUGGCGAGCAAAUUGGCUCGGGCGAGGCGGCAAACGUGCGCGCAUGAGGACGUUUUGCGCGCGAGCCAUUGCCUCGCGAGGCUGCUUGGUCAAUGUUGACCCGGCUAAUCUACAAAUAAAUAAAUGCAUUGGUUUUAGGCUUGACUCUUUAGCCGCUUGCUGUUUUCAUAAAACUUAGAGUGCCUAUUUAUGUAACUGAUGUCUAAUAACUAAAUUGUAUUUUAAAUAGUUCUCAAAAGUGAAGUUAAUUUUGGGACUCACAACAAGUUUGUGAUAUUAUUAGGAGUAAGGAAUGUAUCGUUUAUAAAUUAAGUGCUUAAAAUUAAAAUGACCAGUAUUGAGAAAAAUUCAGGAUAUGAACAUUACGAACUACACGAAAACAGUGAGAAAAACUUUAGUAUCUACCCAAAAUAGCAUGUAGGAAUUCAUUUAGUUUUAUCUAGAUUACCUAUUUAUUAUUUAUUUUUUUACUUUAGGCUCAAAGGGAUAAUUUUAUUGUAUUUCCUCUUGAAAUAAAGCAAAUUUAUUCAAGAUAAAGGUGGAAAAUAAUUUUAAGUGACAUAUUUUUCUAUUAACAUAAACUGUCUCCUGUAUUCCCAAAAAGGGUAGGUACACCACAUGAAACGGUUUUUUUGUUUAAUUGUAACUGUUUUCCUUUAUUUUUUUGUAUUCCUUUUAUACUAUUUGAGUAUCAAAUGAAAAUUAUUCAAAUAAAAUCCAUUUCAAUACAUGCAAGCAGUCAGGUUAUUGUUUCAUAAUAAUAAUUCCACUUGUUAUUUCAAGGGCCUAUUAUUAAAGCAGAUAUUUGUGUUUUUGUAUGUUUAAUGCGAUACGGCUGUUCUUACUUUAACCAAAUUGUUGUUAUUUCGAAUUUUGUUACAAAUUAUGUAAAAAAUGCGUUAUUUUAUAUUUACUUUCUAAAAAAUAUUCGCCCGGAAAGAACUCUGUUAGUUUGUGCCAAACUAAUAUUGCAAAAUAAUUAGUAAAAUGUUAUUGUUGUGUAACUGUCGCUAAUUACAUUAUUUUGGUAGGUGUUAAAAAUAUUGAGAUAUCUUACAUGUCGAAUUUCUUCGCAUAGUGUUAAAUCUUUUGUUACUAGUGUCAAUUUGAUAUUUGAAAGUGUAUUUAAAAAAAACUAUUUUAAUUGAAUUAAGGUCGAUCGAAGUAGUUGCAGCCAUUAGGCAAAUACUCUAAUUCUAGUAUAACAAAUGGCGCCCAUUGGUGAAAGUGAAUUCAAUAGAUGGGCAUUUUUCAAAAUAAAUCUCGAAUAUCCAAUUUCACCAGAUCUGGACUUGUUUGGGCUCAUUCUUCUCAGAAUCACGAGAUGAUUCGAUCCCGACGAUAAAAAAAUAAAUUUUCCAUACAAAAUUUGAGUUUCCAAUACGUCACGCUCCUAGUAAGUUCAGAACACUAAAAUGGUGACGUAAAUGAAAAAAAAGAGGACACAUUUUUUCAUCGUCAGGAUCGAAUUCUGAGAAGAAUGAGCCCAAACACGUCCAGAUCAGGCCCCGUAGCCGAAUGGCAUUUCAACGACGCGAAACGAAAACGAAACGCCGCGAAAGGUAGUCUGGCUCUGUCGCGCCAAUACGCAAA